AUUUAUUAUGAUCCUCUCGUUAUCAUCGAACAACCUUCUUGCGUCUUUAAGAAUACCUACCUCUAACAUACUUUUUUUUCUCAUCACUUCGCUCUGUACACGGUACUACUAAUUCUAUUAACCUAAUCAAUUCAUAUUUAUUUAUUUAUUUACAUCUGUACAAAUCAUAUAACGCUCCUCGGCUUCUUUAGCAUAAUAAUUCGAAUUUGUUAAGUACUGCUUUAUAAUGGUUGCGCCUCGAAGUUCAUUGCCUUGGUAGCCGCCAACCCUCCCUCGCGCACUGUAGGCCAGCAACCAAUGUAUACCUUAUAUGUUAUAUACCUAUAUAUAUAUUCAACGUAGAGAGCUAGUAAACGCCCCUACCGUAGAAUAUGGCGACACCAUCGUUCAAUUUCGCCUCUUGGAGGAGGAGAUCCUCUUCCGUUACCUCCCAGCCAGAUCCGGUAGAUGUUCCUGGGCAAAUACUCAGUCCCAAUCAAAGUUCGCGAUUGGUUCCAGGAGAUUUACAACAGCUCUCAUCUUCCCUUAAUUCUCAUAACUAUAGAGAACCCACUAGGUCGUUCGUGCCUGGUUCUCUUAGAGAUCAUCUAUCUCCUGUUGACAGUGCACGUUAUGCUCGCAGUGUCCGUGAAGAUACCGCCGAACUCGCUUCAUACGUGCUUUCAGACAAGAAGGAUAGGCGCAGCACGUCAUUCCUCAAUCGAAUAUCGUCUACCUCGUCCCACCCCAGUCGCGACCGGCUCGUCCUCCAGGAUGAAUCCCCAUCCGCUGGGGAUUUACAAGCACCAAGCACGGACACCAUAGACGAAGUUUUGGAACCCUCUCCACUGGCAUCCGGAACAGAAGACCUCACGAACCCAGGACCCUCGGCGCUCACCUUCAUGUUUAAACGUUCUCCGCCUCAGUCUCUACAUGGCCCCGACGCCCAUAGUGACUCAAUAUCACAAAAUGGUCAACACCUGUCGUCGAUAGAUGUAUUGCAACCUCGACAGGACGAUGGGUUAUCAGAAACAACCCCCCUCCUUAGGAGGGUAUCGCACACGCCAGAGCCUGAGGACAGCGUCACAGAUGUCGACAUCGAAGGCCAGAAGCCAAAGACAGCGCUUUGGGGCUCCUCGUCAACCGGUCGUGGUAUUCGGCACAAGAUACGUACAAUUAAGAGCAUGAUGAACCCAAAGACUUGGGAUAAGAGAGUUGUUUGGCAAAGGACUGUAGUAGACCCGAUACAUUGCUUACCGGCUGUGAUCGUCGGUCUCCUCCUAAACAUCCUGGAUGCCUUAUCUUACGGAAUGAUCUUGUUUCCAUUGGGAAACCCAAUAUUCUCGAACCUCGGACCGGCUGGAAUAUCGAUAUUCUAUGUUAGCACGAUUAUCUCACAACUCACCUUCUCGAUCGGCAGUAUAUUUAGAGGUGGUGUUGGAUCAGAAUUGAUUGAGGUUGUUCCUUUCUUUCAUAACAUGGCGACUACUAUCACAGCGAUAGUGGGAGAAGAUCAACCAGAUGCAGUUAUCGCCACAACGAUAACCUCGUUUGCUAUUAGUUCUAUGUUGACUGGGCUUGUAUUUUACCUCAUGGGUAAAUUUAGAUUGGGUUAUGUCGUUGGCUUCAUCCCUCGUCACAUUUUAAUCGGAUGUAUCGGCGGUGUGGGCUGGUUCCUCAUCGCGACGGGUUUUGAGGUUUCAGCCCGGCUAGAAGAAUUCCGUUACGAUCUCGAUACGGGUCGAAAAUUAAUCCAGUCUGACACCUUACCUCUCUGGCUUAUUCCUCUUGUCCUGGCAAUCCUUCUCUUUGGCCUUCAGAGGAAAAUCACAUCUAAAUAUUUCCUACCGGUCUAUAUUCUAUCCGUACCAGUCUUGUUUUAUUUCUGCGUGUUUACGAUAGGCAGUCUGAAUCCGGAGAACCUCAGAAAAGCAGGGUGGAUCUUUGAGGCUCCCGAAGCUGGACAACCUUGGUGGUAUUUCUGGACACUCUACAAAUUUAACCUGGUGCAUUGGGGAGCAAUUCUUGAAACUGUUGGAGCUAUGUUCGCAUUGACUUUCUUCAGUGUCCUCCAUGUUCCCAUCAAUGUGCCUGCUUUAGCGCAAAUUUCCGGGGAAGAUCAUCUAGAUCUAGACCACGAACUCAAAUUACAUGGCUACUCGAACUUCCUGUCUGGCCUCGCGGGAAGUAUCCAGAAUUACUUAGUCUUCGCCAAUACCCUGUUCUUUAUGAGAUCAGGAGGCGACAGUCGUCUCGCGGGUAUCAUGCUGGCAGGACUUACGUUCGGCGUAAUGACAGUAGGGCCUGUGAUCAUAGGGUAUAUUCCGGUUAUGGUUGUCGGCACGCUGAUAUUCGUUCUCGGGUUUGAGUUACUAUUGGACGCCCUAAUAUCCCCGAGGCGUAAACUCAAGUUAUUGGAAUACCUGACGAUUGUAGUAAUAGUUCUCACUAUGGGAAUCUAUGAUUUCGUCGUGGGUAUCUUUGUUGGUAUAAUACUUGCCUUUGUUUCUGUUAUUUUCCACGCAUCUCAAGUUUCAGCAAUUCGAGCGACAUAUACCGGAGACCAGAUCGGCUCCAUGGUCAGGCGAAAUCCUUCGCAACAUCGCUACCUACGAGAAGUCGGUAGCCAAACAUAUGUAAUCAAACUAUCCGGAUUCCUCUUCUUUGGUACCAUUGUUGGUGUCGAGGAAAAGAUCCGACAUCUAAUAUCUGACGAUACCUUCAAAGAACAUCCCAUCAAGUAUCUAAUCCUUGAUCUGUGGCAUGUUGCAGGUAUCGAUUAUUCGGCGGCCGAGGGAUUUAAGACUAUCAAUCGACUCCUAAACGGCAAAGGAGUGCAUCUUCUCCUAAGUGGAAAAGAUGCGGACAGCAAGAUCGGUCGGGAUCUUAGAGCCGCCGGACUCGGGGAUGACGGACCUAGCGUUUUGUUUAUGCCUGAUUUAAAUUCUGCCCUAGAGAGUUGUGAGAACGAGCAGCUGAAAACCUUCUAUGCUCGCCAGGAAGCGCUGAGAAUCUCUCGACCGGCACCAUCAAGCAAUCUUGAUGUGCCUAAUAGGGGCCAGUUUAGCCAGUCCUUAGAGCUUUUGUCCCAAUCCCCGAGGAGAAAUCACCUCGAUCAAGCAGCCAAAAACGUCUUGAAUCAGCACGAAAUUAGACGUUCCACGAGAUGGCAGAACAUCAGCGAACCACUCCGACUUAUGCUUCAGGUCUUCUACGACGUGAGCGAUAAGAACGAGGACUUCUGGUUUCGAGCAAGACCAUAUUUCGUCCGCAAAGAAUAUACAGCCGGUACUGUUUUGUAUCAUUGCGGGGAACCAGCUAAUGGGUUUUACCUCCUUGAAAGGGGUGAGCUGAGGGCCGAUUACGACACGCCACAAGGCCGCCUGUACGAGCCGAUCGUCCAAGGUACGACUUGUGGCGAGCUGCCGUUCUUUUCCGAGACGAACCGGACGGCGACGGUGGUUGCGAUCAAAGACUGCGUCGCCUGGGUUAUGGAUACGGAGAAUUGGGAGAAAUUACAGGACGAGGAGAAUGAAGUGGCGCAGGAAUUGUUACGGAUUUCGCUCAAGCUUACGAGCGAGCGUAUGGAGGCUAUGACGAAGUAUAUCUCCGCCGUUGGAAAUUGAGCGGUAGGGUGGGUUAUUGGAAGGGAAUGGAGUGGAUAGAUAAAACAGCAGAUAGCUUUUCUAUUAGGAAAUGUAAUCAGACUUGAUAAAGUA